UUAACCUAAGAAUGAGAGAAAAGAGAAAGGAAGAGCAGGUUAGGCCAUUGAACCAGCUUCAUCACUAGUUGCCGAACCUCAAAACCCUCUUCGACAAAGUACACACCAAUCCCUCUCUCUGUCUUCAAAACUCACUGUUUCUCUUGCCAUGGACGACGACGAUGAAUUCGGAGAUUUAUACACAGAUGUUCUCCGACCUUUUGCCGCGGAUUCACCCCCUUCUGCGCCUCUCCCUCAUCACACUCCCCCUGCUCCUUCCUCCAUCGAUCUCAAUCAGAUCCCCCGCGCCGCCUCCCACUCGACCAACGACGCACCCGAUCAAAUAGAUCCUCCUGACCACGGUCUAACCGCUCCAACACAAGAUGAGCCGCCGCCUCUUAAGAAAGAAGAGGAAUCAGCCGACAGCGUUAGGGUUCUUCUUCAACCUGCGGAUAGGUCUUCCAUGGAAUCAAAACCAGCCUCUGCUGACGCUGCUGGCGGUGAUGUUUUUGUUGAAGGUAAUAAUCCGAUGGUUCAGGAUCAGGAUGAUGACGUUAAAUUUGACAUUGAAGACGAAGAUGGCGAAGAUGGCGGAGGCUCAGAGCCGGUUAUUCCAGGAUUAUCUGGCGGGGAAGGUAUGGAAGAGGGCGGAGGUUACGACGGAGGCGGUGGGAACGAGGAUUGGGACAGUGACAGUGAUGAUGAUUUGCAGAUUGUGUUGAAUGAUGACAAUCACAUGGCGAUGGAAAAUGUUGGGGUUGUGGAAGACGGGGAAGAUGAAGUCGGUGGGCUAGUGAGUGUAGCUGGUGAAACUAAUCAGGGUUUGGAGGAGCAAGAGUGGGGGGAAAAUGCUAAUGUUCCCACGGAUGGUGAGAGGAAGGAAGUGGCUGAACCAGGCAAGGCAGUCCCGGGGCCUGGUGGCGUCCCUGUUGUCCCCAAAAUUGGCUAUGGCAGUCAACCUCAUGGGUAUCAUCCAUUUCAUUCCCAGUUUAAGUAUAUUAGGCCCGGUGCAACAACAGUACCUGGAGUCACUGGUGCUGCUCAAGGAGGGCCUCCUGCUCAAAUUCGUCCACCUGCUAACAUGAUGGGUCGUGGUAGAGGAGAUUGGAGACCACCUGGAAUAAAAGGGACUAUUGGUAUGCAAAAAGGUUUCCAUGCAGGUCCUGGACUACCUAGUUGGGGAAACAAUGCUGCAGGGCGGGGUUUUGGUGGUGGUGGAUUGGAAUUCACCCUUCCUUCUCACAAGACUAUAUUUGACGUCGAUAUUGAGAGUUUUGAGGAGAAACCAUGGAAAUAUCCGAAUGUUGAUGUAUCUGAUUUUUUCAACUUUGGUUUGAAUGAUGAGAGCUGGAAAGAUUAUUGUAAACAGCUGGAGCAACUACGCCUGGAGUCUACAAUGCAAAGCAAGAUCCGUGUUUACGAGAGUGGUCGAACAGAGCAUGAUUAUGAUCCAGAUUUGCCCCCCGAAUUGGCUGCAGCUGCUGGUUUACACGACGGUCCUGUUGAAAAUGCUAAUUCUUUGAAAUCCGAUGUGGGACAAAGUGAUGUUAUGAAAGGUUCUGGACGCAUGCGGCUGCCAAUACCAACUGGUAGGGCAAUACAGGUGGAAGGUGGCUAUGGUGAACGUCUUCCUUCCAUUGAUACCCGCCCUCCUCGAAUGCGUGAUUCAGAUGCAAUCAUUGAGAUUAUUUUGCAGGGUACUGAAGAUGAUGAGUCCUCUGUCGGAAUAGAUGUCCAAGAUCAAUCAGAUGAUGGAGAACCCCAGAGAGAGAGUUUUAUAGAAGACCAUGUAGAUGGAAAUGAAAUUCCAAGUUUAGAUCCUGAGUACUCUGAUGGUAUUGCACAGGAUUAUAACCGACAAAAGAAAGAGCUUGCAGGAAGAACAAUGCCAUUUGUGAAUUCUGUUUCUUCUAAUGUACCUAAUGAAGAUGAAGAUUUGUUGGUCUCACAGGACGAGCCAAUCGAAUACUCUGGUUCAAGGGGCCAAAAUCCUAGGUCUUAUGGUGGCAAUUUUAGCUCUUCUCGUGAGGAAAGGAAAAUGCAAAAAAGAGUGCGUAGUCAAUCUCCUAUUAGUCAUACUCGAAAACAGGAUACUGAUAACAAUAAAAAAGAAGAUUCAGUUGAGAGCAUGGAAGACAAAAAUAGCACACUUUUGCCAUCUCCUGUCAUUAAGGAUGUAAAGGAGUCCACUUUGGAGAACAAAGAUACUGAACUUGAGGAUACUGGGACCGCUGAUGGAAGUCCCAGAUUGGGAAAGGAAGAGACUGAUUUAAGUACAGUAGACAAAGUAGAUGUCCUCAAGGAUGGGAUAGAAAAGAAACAGAAUUUGACAGCUCAAGUUGAGCAACCUUUGCCUGACGAAAGUGAUGAUUGGGAGGAUUUGAAAGCUGCCAGAAGCAGCGACAACAGCAAAGCAAGAUCAGCAAGUAGCAGAGAUAAUCAGAAGCGGCGCGAGGGUCUUGAGGAAGAAGUAGUUCAGGAUCCACGAUCAACACAUCUAGCAAGCAUCAGACAACACACAGAUGAAAAUGAGCAGGGUUUCUAUAGAAAAGAGCAUGAUGGAAAGCAAGAGCCCGAAAGAAAUCGCAUGGUACUUAGAGGUAAAGAGGGAUCAUACCCUCACAAGGACCGGCAUCGUAACUCGGUCCAUCAAUUGCAUACAAAUACUGACGGAUUUGAUAGGCAAAAAGAUAGGGACAGUUCUGACAUGGAUUGGGCAAGGAGAGAUGACGAUGUCUAUAGCAGAAAAGUUAGAACUAAUGAACCUAGAAAGAGGGAUAGGGCUAAGGUUCGAGAAAAUGAAAGAAGCGACAAAGAAGAUAGCCUUUAUUCUAAAAAACAGUUUGAUAAUGGUAGCUACAGGAUCCCUUAUGAAAAAGAUGUUGGGUCAAGAGACUCAAGACACAAGGAAAGAGAUGAGGGCAUGAGGGUUAGGUAUGAAGCUGCGGAGGAUUACCAUAUCAAGAGGAGGAAGGAUGAGGAAUAUCUUAGGAGGGAACAUAUUGACAGAGAAGAAAUUCCACAUGGCUACAGAGAAAAUGCUAGUCGGCGCAGGCGAGAAAGAGAUGAAGUACUGGAUCAACGUAAGAGAGAUGACCUACAAAGAACUAGAGAUUACCCUGAUGAUCAAUAUAUCACUAGGCAGAAAGAUGAUGCCUGGCUAUUGAGGGAGAGGGGUGAUAGGCAAAGAGAUAGGGAGGAGUGGCAUCGUUUGAAACAGUCCCAUGAUGGACCCAUACUCAAGCGUGAAAGAGAAGAAGGGCGGAGUUCUGGAAGAAGUGUACGAGGAGCUGAAGAAAAAGCAUGGGUUGGCCAUGGUAGUGCUAAAGAUGAACACCAAUCUAGAGAAGCAGUGCGACACAGUGACCAACUGAAGAGAAGGGAUCGAAUUCAGGAAGAAAGUUCUCAUCUUAAGGGGCGGGAUGAUACUUACUCCCGUGUGAAUCAAUUUACUGCUGAUGAAAGACGAUCUAGGCAGGAGAGGUCAAGUAGCCGUAGUGAUCGCGUUACUAAUAAUUCAGAUAGCCAAAGACUUCACGAGAGGAAACAUAAAGAGGUCUCAAGGAAAAGCAAAGAGCGUGAUAUUAGUGACCUUAAUAGUUUAGGAAUGUCCAAGAAAAGUCUAGAAAAUCCAAAUGGUCCAUCAAAUGAGAAGGGCUCCAAAGGAUUUGGUGAUCAAGAACGUGCCGGGCAUGAUAUUCAAGGGCAUCGCCUAUCCAGGAAACACCAGGACGGCAUUUCCUCUGAUGAUGAACAGCAAGAUUCUUACAGAGGACGUUCGAAACUGGAGCGCUGGACAAGCCAUAAAGAAAGAGAUUUCAGUAUCAACAAGUCAUCUUCUUCCUUGAAGUUCAAAGACAUCGACAAAGAUAAUAAUGGCAGGUCUUCUGAAGUUGGGAAACCUGUGGAUGAAUCUGCUAAAACAGUCGAUGACGAUAACCAACAACUCUUGAUGGCUGAAGCAAGGGAUUCUGUAGACAUGGAAAGCAGGGAUGGCGAUUCCAAGGAAUCUGGGGAUCAGCAUCUGGACACAGUUGAGAGGCUGAAGAAACGAAGUGAGCGGUUCAAGCUCCCAAUGCCAAGUGAAAAAGAAGCCCAGGUUAUAAAGAAGCUAGAGAGUGAACCUCUGCCUUCUACCAAAACUGAAAAUCCCGUGGAGUCGGAGGUCAAACAAGAGCGACCUGCCAGAAAAAGGAGAUGGAUCAGUAACUAAAUGAAAUCUGGUGCCCUAGUUUAAUGACGGAAAAUCUGAUAUAGUCUAGCCUUGGGAAAAUUCGACUUCGCCUGAUGCUUUAAAAAUCUAGAACUAGAAUCCUUGCAAGCCAGCCAUUUUAUGUUGAAAAUGGCAUCUGUAGGGUUAUUGUGCUUCAAUUAUGUCUUAUUGUAACUACAGUACCUAUAAAUUUAUUGUACACUGUAUAUACACGUAAAAUGUAAAACAUUAACUGGUUAUUACAGGUGACACAUAUUUUGGGUGUCAAAAUGUAGCUCUUACCUGGAUGAUAUGGGUUAUGAGAAGCAGCAUUGUGUGGUGAUGCCACCAAGGCUAGAAACCAUUGUCAUGGUAAUGGCUUUGCUGGUGGUGGGUGAGACAUUGAUCCAGAUACUAUCACCUUCCUCAAGUUCUUUGUAAACAAGAAGCAUCUUGAAGGGCGAUGAUCCAAAGAAAUGCCGCUUGUUCCUAGUGAGUUAAUUUUGAUGGAAUUACAGAUUCCAUGGAUUACUUUACUUUGUUGUAGAUUACAAGCAAGUACUGAUUAAUCGUAUUUUCUAUAUCUUUAUUUUUGACUUAUGCGGGAAUCAUGAAACUGAAGUGAUGAGCCUUUGUUGUAUCUAGAUAUCAAAUGACAUGUAGUUAGGUUAGGAAUUGCUAAAUUAAUAAAUGAAGUUUGAGACAUAA